UCAAUGAGAUUUCCCAAGAACGCGCGUGUAGUUCUAUGCACCAGACCGACAACAGAAUUCUUAUAUUUGAAUGAAAAACAAGAUUCAAAAGAAUUUCAACUAACUUUGCAUGGGCACGUCUAUUCCCGGUGUCUCGUGCGCAUCAGUAGCAGUGAGAGAUUCAUGAAGACAGCAGCAAACCGAUGUCCACUGAUUACACUUCUGUCAAACACACUUCUGUCCAUCAACGGAUGAACACCGACUUUGAAAAGUAUCCUUUACCACGGUACUGCAAGAGGUGGAGCAACGAUGACCUUCAGAGGCACGCAUUGGCUAAGAGCCGGCGUAUGGCUAUGCGACGACCGGCUUACAUGUUUAACGCCCGUUACAAUAGUCUAUCGCCAACUGAAGAGCGUUUCCUAGAGGCGGCUGAGUAUGGAAAUAUCCCUGUCAUCCGUAGGAUGCUAGAAGAAAUCCCAGACCUGAAUGUCAACUGUGUGGACUACAUGGGCCAGAAUGCAUUGCAGCUUGCAGUUGCCAAUGAGCACCUGGAAGUGACAGAACUCUUGCUAAAUAAAGAGAAUCUGGCUAGGAUUGGUGACGCUCUGCUUUUAGCCAUAAGUAAAGGCUACAUUCGUAUCGUGGAGGCCAUUUUAGGCCACCAGGCCUUUGCGGACACAUCCAAACUCACUAGCAGCCCCCUCCAGGCAGAGACGCAAGAUGACUUCUUCGCCUAUGACGAGGAUGGCACACGGUUUUCCCAUGAUAUUACACCCAUUAUACUAGCUUCUCAUUGCCACGAAUAUGAGAUCGUACACAUUCUGCUAAGAAAGGGUGCUCGCAUUGCACGCCCACAUGACUACUUUUGCAAAUGUAACAGCUGCCUCUAUCACCAGAGGCAUGACUCUUUUAGCCAUUCACGUUCCAGAAUCAAUGCCUACAAAGGGUUGGCAAGCCCUGCCUACCUUUCUUUAUCCAGCGAGGACCCGGUACUGACAGCUCUAGAGCUCAGCAAUGAACUGGCUGUACUGGCCAACAUAGAAAAAGAGUUUAAGAACGAUUAUAAGAAGCUGUCUAUGCAAUGUAAAGACUUUGUAGUUGGACUUCUGGAUCUGUGUCGAAAUACAGAGGAGGUGGAAGCCAUUUUAAACGGAGACACAGAGGCAAGUGGCCACUUUGACAAGGGCGGCAGACCUAAUCUAGUUCGAUUAAAACUGGCUAUCAAGUACGAGCUGAAAAAGUUUGUAGCCCAUCCAAACUGCCAGCAGCAGCUUUUGUCCAUAUGGUAUGAGAAUCUGUCAGGGCUCAGGCAACAGACCACAGCUGUCAAGUUGCUGGUGGUUCUGGGGGUGGUGGUUGGCCUUCCCAUCCUGGCCUUACUGUACUGGAUAGCACCCUCAAGCAAGUUGGGGAAGAUCAUACGUGGUCCUUUCUUAAAAUUUGUGGCACAUGCAGCUUCUUUCACAAUCUUUCUUGGCCUUCUCAUCAUGAACGCUGCUGACCGUUUCGAAGGGACAUCUCUCUUACCAAAUAUGACCAUCCACGACCAUCCCUCGCAAUUGUUCCGCAUGAAGACCACCCCGUUUACCUGGAUGGAAAUGCUGAUCAUUUCCUGGGUCGUAGGCAUGAUUUGGGCAGAAUGUAAGGAGAUUUGGUCUCAGGGUCCUCGAGAAUAUCUGCUGGAGCCUUGGAAUUUGCUGGAUUUUGGAAUGCUGGCCAUUUUUGUGACUUCCUUCAUUGCUAGAUUUAUGGCGUUUUGGCAUGCAAAUGUUGCACAGAGUUACGUCGACAAGCGCUACACAGAUCUAUCAAACAUUACCUUGCCCCUUGAGAUCGAAUACUAUCGUCUUGCUCGUGUCCACUGGGUUCCUUCAGACCCUCAGCUGAUCUCUGAGGGCCUUUAUGCCAUCGCAGUGGUUCUGAGUUUCUCUCGGAUUGCGUAUAUCCUGCCGGCCAACGAGAGCUUUGGGCCCUUGCAGAUCUCUCUGGGCAGGACUGUGAAAGACAUAUUUAAAUUCAUGGUGAUCUUCAUAAUGGUGUUUGUGGCUUUCAUGAUUGGCAUGUUUAACCUCUACUCAUACUAUCGUGGAGCAAAGCAGAACGGCGCCUUCACAACUGUUGAAGAAAGCUUUAAAACUUUAUUCUGGGCUAUUUUUGGACUUUCUGAGGUCAAGUCUGUCGUCAUCAACAACGGGCACAAAUUCAUUGAGAAUAUUGGCUAUGUACUUUACGGAGUCUACAACGUUACCAUGGUUAUCGUCUUACUCAACAUGCUCAUCGCCAUGAUCAACAACUCAUUUCAGGAAAUUGAGGACGAUGCAGAUGUGGAGUGGAAGUUUGCCAGGGCUAAGCUUUGGUUUUCAUACUUUGAGGAAGGAGGGACGCUGCCUGUGCCCUUUAACCUCAUCCCCAGCCCAAAAUCAGUCGUCAGCCUGGCUAUGAAACUCAAACAGCUCCUACUAAUACCUCUUCACAGACACAAAGAGGAUCUGAAGGAGGACACAGAGCUCAAUGAGUCUGGUAAUCAGAAAGAGUCCAGUGAGAAGAACUCACCUCAUACAAGUCGUUACCAGAGGAUCAUGAAACGCCUAAUCAAACGAUAUGUGAUCAAAGCACAGACUGACAAAGAGGGAGAUGAAGUUAAUGAAGGGGAACUAAAGGAGAUCAAGCAGGACAUCUCAAGUUUGCGCUAUGAGCUGCUAGAGGAGAAGUCCCGUCAGACGGAGGAGCUAGCAGCACUUGUCAGGAGACUGGGAGAGAGACUAGCUAGUCAACAAAACCUGUAGUUUUUCUCAAUAGUAACACUCUUUUCAUUAUUCUCAAUGGUGAUUCUCAGUACAUUGUCAAUAUUCUAAAACACACACACACACACACACAUAUAUAUAUAUAUAUAUAUAUAUAUAUAUAUAAUUUAAAAUAUCAUAAAGGUAGUACAAAAAAUAAUACGACAUUAAAAUACUUGAAAAAUACAUUAAUAUAUAUGUAAUAACAUACAGGAACUAGGGUGCUACAUUUAUAAAAAAUAUCACUAUGUUAAAUUUACUAAACUUUUUUUUUUAAGCUCAGUUGCAAAAACACAGCUAUUAUAUUAAGACUGUAUCUUAAUAACUAGUCUAGUCAGCUAGCAGUUUGCCUAAGGAUUUUCAAUCUAAAAUUAGAUUUUAUGCAGCUGACUUAAAAAGAAGUUAUAACCAGUCUGAAAGAAUAAAAAUGUAGUGAAGUUAAUUAUAGUCUAAGCAGAUUAUUCAACUGGCCCCAGAACAUGUUUUUGACAGUGAGAAUUACUCUAUUACUCUUUCCUUAACAGUAAGCCAUAUUUGCUUGUUUUAUAAGCACAUUUUCUUCUGGAGAGUAAAUAAAGUAAAAAUGUUACAUUUCAGAAUUUUUAUGGAGAGUCACUGUUGGUAUCGUCAGUGCUAAUAAUGCCGCUGUUUGCCAUCGUGUUGCCAUGCUGUGUCAUAUUCUAUUCUAAUUAUGCUAUGUUACAAAGACAAAACACAGUAACUACACAACACCGAGACAGAGAAGUUUUUAGAAUGUCACUGUGAAUGUGUAGUUACUGCAUUUUGCAUGGUGUUUUUGAUGUUAAUGAAUCUGGAAAUCUAUCAUCUUUUAACAUGUUAUGAUUGUCGUUUGAGGUCCGCUACAAAUGUUUUAUUAACCCUAAAUAUGAAUUAUUCAUUGUGUGAAAUCUGACAGUUAAAAGGUGUCAGUGUUCCUACAGAGACAAUGGUAUAUUUAUAAUAAAAAAAAGAAAAAGUAAAAAUAAAUGUUUCGAAAACACAAGUGGUAAGUUGCGCUUUUACCUCAUUUGCUUCCUCUUUUAGACUUAAAGGGGUCAUUGGAUACUAAGUUCACUUUUUCAUGUUUGAACAUUAAUGUGUGUUGGCAGUGUAUGUACAAAUCUACUCUAUAAUGAUAAAAAUCCAUGCAGUGGUUUUUAAUUAAUAUGUAAAAAUAAUUUCCCCUUUUUCAAAUUGAGCCGUUCUCAGAUGCCGCUCCCACAAUAGUUGAUUGACAUGAGUGUCUUACCUCAGGUCAGCUGUCUCAGUCAGACCUUCAUUGUUUUGAUACCGGUGCAGGGAUGUAAGUUCGACAAGAAUAUCUCUGACUGAGUGAUUGAGGUGUUGUGUUGCUGGAUGUAAUAAUGAACAUAGUGGUCGUCAUUUACUCCCGACAUCUGAGUCGCUGAAGAUGCAGUGGAUUACAUUUGUUUGUGAAGGGAAUGCGGCUCCCAAUCUACAUAUAUCCGUCUAUGUUCGCGUGAAUCAUUCGUGAUCCAGCUUCACUUACAGCAGAAGUAAGUAUAAGGGUUUUUUUUUAAUGAAUCUAUCGAAACUAUCGCCUUACAAUCCUAACAAUGUGCUAGUUAGCAAGUUUAGCGGUAAACGCGGCUAAAUGCGGCUAAAGUAAACAGGCUCGUUUCUCCACAGACAGUAGAGAGGGGCGGGGCGAGCAGAGCUCAUUUGCAUUUAAAGGAGCAAUGCAUCAGAAUGGGAUGAUUUUUGCAGAGCUGAUUUUGACAAGGUAAAAAGUGUGUUGUUUUACACAACCACUGAGAAUUUUUAACCAAAGUAUGUUAUAGACUUUUCAUUAAGACCCUAAACAAUCAUAUCAAAUUGUGGAAAAUGGGCAUCCGAUGACCCCUUUAAAACAUAUACGCUAAUAACUGCACUAUACUCAGUUACUGUAAUGAAUCUACUGAGGUUCUCAGUAAUCCCUCACAUUGCUUUAUUAUAACUUGGAAACCACACGUCAUUAGACAAUAUAGGUUGUUGUGAGAUAGUCUCUGGUUCACUUAUUAAUUAUAGGUCCUGAUUAAAGAAACUAAAUCUGCUCUUUUGCUACGUAAUUUCAUUUACAAACUGCCCAAUGGAAAAGAUCAUACUUUGUGAAAAAGUAUUCUUAAUUUAAUUGUUUUUGGGGUUUUUUACUUGCAGAUUAUAUAAUGAUGAAGUUUUUUUUUAGGAAACUGACUGAGGAUCCAUUGGUGAGCAAGUGAUGAAAUGCUAAAUAGUUUCAAAUCUGUAAUGAAAAAAAGUCAUUUUUUAUAUUGUGAAUGGCCUGAGUGAGUAAAUCUUGAGGAACUGUGUUUGUGUAAAACUAUUCCUUUCAAGUACAUUUUGAACUAUGCUUUAAUAAUCUUUUGUCAUGUUUUAACACAACAUUCAACAUUAUGGAUGGGUGCUCAACUGUACUGUAUACAACUGUACUUUUCCAACAAAAAAGCUUCUUGUGUUUAUGACUUAUUUGUGGCAAAUAUUACCUACUUAUGGAUGUAAAAAAAAAGUAUUACUAUUUUAGUAGACAAGUAAAGGAAAUGUCAUAUGAAAAAUCACUUCUUUUCAGUCCCUAGUUCUGGUG